GCCUGGGAGUGGAUAAGGGAGAGAGGGAAGCAGAGAGAGAGUUCUCCGUACUGUCAACAGCUACAACACAUAUUUAUCUACACAGCUAGACAGAAAGCCCAGGCAGAAGACAAUGAGCGUAAAUGGAAAAGAACCUCCACCCUACAACACACCAGUUGAAGGACAAGGUGAUAGUGGGGUGAAGGUAUAUCAUGUCCAUACUCCCUUCAACCCUCCUUCCUCCACCAUCCCCUCCAGUAACUACUCUGUGUUUCAGUCUCAGUCUCAGGGAAAGCCAGUGUACACCAGUGGAGGUGGUGGUAUUGGAGGAGGUGGUGAAACUCCCACUCAGAAGUUUGUGAGUUAUGACACAGAACUGGGCCGUUCAGAGGGCAUGACCACCUGUACUUCCUGUCAACAACAGGUGAUGACGAACGUGACCUAUAAAGUCGGAGCCUACGCCUGGCUCAUGUGCAUCCUCUUCAUCCUCUGUGGGUUGGUAGUGGGCUGCUGUCUGAUCCCGUUCUUCAUUAAACACUUUAAGGAUGCGUACCACUCCUGUCCUCGUUGCAACCGCAUUAUCCACGUGGACAAGCCACGCUGCUGCUGACCACCCUACAACCACCCACCACUAGGAGAGCUGCUGCUGACUGUCAUACCACCACCCACCACUAGGAGAGCUGCUGCUGACUGCCAUACCACCACCCACCACUAGGAGAGCUGCUGCUGACUGCCAUACCACCACCCACCACUAGGGGAGCUGCUGCUGACUGCCAUACCACCACCCGCCACUGGGGGAGCUGCUGCUGACUGCCAUACCACCACCCACCACUAGGGGAGCUGUUGCUGACUGCCGUACCAUUGCCCACCACUAGGGGGAGCUGGUGCUGUGGACAAUAUGCUUUACUACCAGCAGGGGAGCUGUGGCUCUGCUCUCAGUCUGACCACUGGCCACUCUCUCGGUCUGGAUUCCAUUAGAAGAGCACCAGUACAGUGAAAUACCUUUCUCACAGAAAACAUGCUCCCUUUCCCUCAUGCCCCCACAGCUCGGUGUAGGAAUUUGAGAGUGGUUAUAUUUAUCCAGCCCCAUCCCUCAGCUGUUUACCAAAGCAGUGGCGGGGUCAGGCUGACCGUUUUUUGGUAGUUCUUUGAAUUGCAGAUUGCCCUUUUAAAUGUCGGGUUUCAAUACGCCUCUUAUCUACACUCUUUCAGAACAGCGAGGGAGAGGAAAAGGGGGGGGAUGUUUUCAGAAUGGAAUCCAGCCGAAGGGAGAGACCUCCUAGCAGCAGCCCCACAGAAACCUACAGGAUUUACACAGUCGUAGGAUGAAUCCCAAAAUGGCACCCUACUCCCUAUAUAGUGCACUACGUUCGCGAGGGAGCUAGUACAAAAGUAGUCCACUACAUAGGGAAUAGGGUACGAUUUGGGACGCACUUUAGUUGAAAUGCUGACCUAACUUACUGUACCAGAGGGUUGUAAAUAGUAUGAAUCUGUGACCUAUUUUUGUAAAAUAAAAAUAAAAACAAGCUAGCAGAUGAAGACGUGGUAGAGCUCAACCUGGCCCUUGUUCACAAAGGGAGCAGGGUUGCACAGUUCUAGUAACUUACCCAGGUUUCCCACAAACCCCAGGUUGGAAUAUCAGAAGGGAAGAGGGUAGCCUGGGUACCAGUCUGUUAAGAUAUCAUUCCACUCUUUGUCUUGGCAAACAUGGCUUGACAAAGAGUGGAAUGUUAACACACAAACAGACUGUAUUUCUCCAGGCUAGGAAGAGUAAUUGCAAGCCCUUGAGUAACCUUAUACAGAACCUUCAGAUAGAAAUGUGUUGUGUAGAACAGACAUGAUUCCCUGGUAAAUGUAUAUCUAUAAUCCCUUGAGUAACCUUAUACAGAACCUUCAGAUAGAAAUGUGUGUAUCUGUCGUUUGGUCAACCCAGGGCCUUAAUCAAGGGAAUAUAGAUAGUAAUGUAUACAUUUUUCCAGGGAAUCAUGUCUGUUCUACACAACACAUUUCUAUCUAUAUUCCCUUGAAUAAAGGCCCUUGGUUGACCAACCGACAGACAACGAGCCCAAUAUUCAGAUAAUGAUAAUUAUAGCUAUGAUUCCUACAAAUCGGGCGUCCUUUAGUGCUCUCCCCAGGUCCCCCCCCCUUUCAGAAAGCUGUUAUGUCCAUAAAGUACUGAACUGGGUGUUUUACAUUAUUUUAGAAUAAACCAAAUAUGAUUUUAUUGAGAAAACUCAUUAUUCUAACUGUCAACUACAAUGACGUGCAACAACACCACACAGCUGACCUGAUGUUCUGUUAUAUUGUGUAACACCACAUAGCUGACCUGAUCUGUUAUAUUGUGUAACACCACAUAGCUGACCUGAUCUGUUAUAUUGUGUAACACCACAUAGCUGACCUGAUCUGUUAUAUUGUGUAACACCACAUAGCUGACCUGAUCUGUUAUAUUGUGUAACACCACAUAGCUGACCUGAUCUGUUAUAUUGUGUAACACCACACAGCUGACCUGAUCUGUUAUAUUGUGUAACACCACAUAGCUGACCUGAUCUGUUAUAUUGUGUAACACCACAUAGCUGACCUGAUCUGUUAUAUUGUGUAACACCACACAGCUGACCUGAUCUGUUAUAUUGUGUAACACCACCACAUAGCUGACCUGAUCUGUUAUAUUGUGUAACACCACCACACAGCUGACCUGAUCUGUUAUAUUGUGUAACACCACAUAGCUGACCUGAUCUGUUAUAUUGUGUAACACCACACAGCUGACGAGAAAUGGAGUACUGUUAUAUUGCUUACAUAGAUUAUAUGCCUCUAAUAAAAUAUAUUCUCCCUUU